CUGGCGAUCUUCGAAGAGGUGGCUGUGCGUUUUACGGAAGAGGAGUGGGUGUUGCUGGAUGCAGACCAAAGAGUUUUGCACAGAGAAGUCAUGGAGGAGAUCUGGAAGACGCUGGCUUCUCUGGAAAUAUUUCUGGCUCUGAGAUCUGAUGAUACAACUCUGUUAGAUGAAAAUCUGCCAGCUGAAGGUUUCAAGGAAGAAGAAGAGAAAUUUACAGGCAAUUCGUCAGCUGGUUGGUGGGAUCCUUGGGUAGGCGAAUCAGGUGAUGAGAAAGAGAAUACUGCAAAUGGCGAAGAGCAGAGCAGAGAAACUGUGCCAGAUCAGAAAGGGAGAAAGAAACCACUUUCACCUGAAACUCUGUGCUUUGAUGACAUCCGGCUGCUAGAAGGAGGCUGUGUGGGAAAGAGAGAAGAUGAAGGUCAGGCAAGAAAGAUUGGGAAGUUAACCUCUUCUUGUGGAAAAUUACUGAGUGAGAUCUCCAGCACUACAACCCCUAGCAAAGUCCUGGAAUUAGAGAGGCCGUGUAAAUGCUCGGAAUGUGGGAAGUGUUUCAAAGAGAAGAUGCAUCUUGUUGUACAUCAACGAAUCCACACAGGAGAGAAGCCAUUUCAGUGCGUAGAGUGCAGAAAGAGCUUCAGCCGGAGUCACCAUCUGAUUGGACAUCAGAGGACCCACUCGGGGGAGAAGCCAUUCAAAUGUACGGAAUGCGGAAAGAGCUUCAUUGAUAAUAGUAACCUCACCAAACAUAAAAGAAUCCACACAGUAGAGAAGCCAUUUAAAUGUACAGAGUGUGGAAAGAGCUUUAACCAUAGUAGCACCCUUUCCUCCCACCGAAGGAUCCACACAGGGGAGAAACCAUACACGUGCGCGGAUUGUGGGAAAAGCUUCAGCCAGUGGACGAACCUUAACACACACCAGCGGCUACAUACUGAGGAGAAACCAUAUAAAUGCUCUGAAUGUGGAAAGAGCUUCUGUCAGAGUAGUAGUCUGUCUUACCAUCAGAGAACCCAUGCGGGGGAAAAACCAUAUAAGUGCUCUCAGUGCGAAAAGACCUUCACAUGUGCCAGCACCCUUGCGUUACACCAGAGAAUCCAUACUGGGGAGAAGCCAUUUGCCUGCUCAGAGUGUGGCAAGAGCUUCACUCAGCGGAUACACCUGACUCGACACCAAAGAAUUCACACUGGAGAAAAACCGUAUACGUGCCCAGACUGCGGGAAAAGUUUCAGGCAGUGGACGAGCCUUACUACACAUCAGAAAGGGCAUACAUUGGAGAAACCAUAUAUAUGUUUGGAGUGUGGCAAGAGCUUCUCUCAGAAUAGUGGCCUGUCCUAUCAUCAGAAAUCUCACGUGGGUGACAAACCAUAUAAAUGCUCCGAAUGUGAAAAAAGCUUUGCUUAUAGUAGUACUCUGACUUUACACCAGAGAAUCCAUACUGGGGAGAAGCCAUUUGCUUGCUCAGAAUGUGGGAAGAGCUUCACCCAACGGAUACACCUGACUCGGCAUCAAAGGAUCCACACGGGAGAGAAACCUUACAUCUGCUCGGAGUGUGGGAAGAACUUCAGACAAUGGACGCACCUUAUUGCUCACCAGCGAGUUCACACAGGAGAAAAAUUGGACAAAUCAGAGGGUCAACUUCUGGCCUACCAGAUGUUGCUGAAUUACAACUCACAGCAUCCCUCCCCAUUGCCUGUGGUAGCUGGAGCUGUUGGCAGUUGUAAUGCAGCUACAACCGCUGGGCCACCAGUUCCCCAUCCCUGAUAGCAGGUGUUGGAAUUUUCAUUAGAGAAUUGGGACUUAGGUUCUGUGCUCAGUUGGUUUCUGGAGCUUGGGAAAUGUUCAUUCAAAGCAAUGUUUCUAUGCCAUGUUUUUAAUGCUUUGGAUUUUAAAAAUGAUAAGGAAUCUAUAGGAUAUUGUACACUGGUUUGUAACAUGGCAGUUCCAUUUUACAUGAACUAAAGUCUGGGUUGUCUCCAAGGCUGGUCUGGUGAAUCGUGUCUGUUCACAGAUGUGUUUUAUUUCUUCUAAAAAAUGGCACAUUGCUCUUCAAAACCAACUUUUUCCAAGAUGGCUUGCGGUACCUCAGAAUUACCUCUAAGAUAUUUUGGAAGUGAAUGCAUUCAUGAAAAAGGCAGUCUCUUGAACAACAAAAGGAAUAUUAAUUUAAAAGCAAGGCUGCAUAUACAUCUUAAAAAUGAGCAUGUUAAUAUAUUGAAAGACUAGAGGGAAUAAGAAGAUCUUUGUGUGGAAAGAGAAGAGAAUAGGCAUCUGGUGUUGAUCCUUGGAGAAGGCAUUUCCUAGUUUGGGGAACAAAUGCACCUGAAAAUCUGACUGAUGAGCUCAUUCAUUGUAAGCCCAUUCAUCAUAUCUAAGCUUUGGGUGGCCUCCAGAUUAGAUCUCUGCAGCAGAAAUUCAGAGUACAGUCAGAACAGAUGGGAAGAGGCAGUCCGUCAGAUACAGCGUCCUGAGCCAUGAAGGACUUCGCAAAUUAAUACCAGCACCUUCAGAUUGGGUCUGUUUAACUGGCAGUCCGCAAAGAUUGUGUGGAACUGGCUUGUUCCUAAAUUCAGUUCCAGUUUGUCACCUUCCUGUAACAUUUUGUAUGAACUGAAUUUUUUGGACAGUUUUCAAGGGCGGCCUUAUUGGAUAUCACAUUGCAGUAGUCUAGAAGUGUAGUUGCUAGGCCAUGGAGUACCGAAGGAAAGCUAUACAGUUGCCUACAUAAAGUGCAAUCUUGAAUGAACAGCAAGGGUAUUUUAUUAUUUAUGGUACUUAUGGCAUAAAUUCCAUUGAUGAUAAUAAAAAAUAAUGCUUCUCCUUGGAUUACUGGAUUUCACAGCAAAGUGAAUUCCAACUCAGAUGUGCAAAGGUUCUGAAUUCAAACUGCUUUGAAUUGAAAAUGUUCCAUUUUGAUUUUAUGUCCUGUUUUGAGCAAAAACAGCUUAUUCCAAGAUUGAAAGAGACAGUUUUGGGACCACGUAUUUUGCAUGUGAAACAGGGCUAUUCUGAGCUUGAAGCACUUUGAUUAAAAUUGGAAAUAGCCCCUUUUUUAUUCUUGAAAGAAUGAUUUCAUGCUCGAAAUUCAAGCUGGCUCAAAUUUGAAACAUUUUGCAUGCCCGUAGUUCCUCCAAAUGCAGAGAUGUUAGUAUGAGAAAUCUGGAUUGUUUCCUGAAGCUUUUUUUCAACCAACCUUGAAAGAAGAAUUAGGAUGAUCAUAGUUGGUAUAUGCUUAACUUGUGCUUUACUUGUGUUUUUGUUUCAUUUCUGUAUUUCUGAUUGUGUAGCUUUUAUUUUGUUUUGGACUUCUACUGUGUUUUGUCUUGAUUGUCCUGCUUGGAUGGAAAGAGAAGAUAGAAAGGAGAUAAAUGUCCCAUUGCAGAGGAAGGAAAGCAUAUCAGUCUAGGUGUUAUUUUUCACUGUCUUCCAAUUAACAGAUAUUGGACCAUUUUUACCAGUCACCAGUGUAUGGCAGGGAGGUUUUAUUUCUUCAUGUGUUUGUAUCAGUCUUUGCUUUCUUUUAACCAUGAUUUGGCGAAGAAGCUACAGUCUUGUAACAUGGUUAAACCAAAGAAACUAUGCAUGACAUAACAAGGGCGAGCAGCCCGUCAACUCCUGGUACAUAAAUCUCUUCCCACUCUCUACUCUUUCCUGCAUUAGCAUCAACAUUUCAUUUCUCUCUGGAUAUUUCUGCACAGCAGUGGAUUACACCGAAUAGCCCAGCUUGAUCAGGCCAAGCAUGUUAUUGUUCAUGGUGGCCAACCAAAUGUCUGAGGUGCUUCUAAGCAGGAGGGGGAGAUCUGCCCCACUCCUGCUGUUCCUCUCCUCCAAUUAGUAUUUGGAGAUGGGGGUCAGCUUGGAGGUAGAGUUUAAUCUUCAAAACUGACAGUCCUUGAUGGACUUUUCCUCCAUGAACUUCUCCAAUCCUGCUUUUAAGCCAUCUGAGAUAGUGGCCAUCGCCAUGUCUCAUGAUAACGAAUUCCACAGGUUAAUUAUGAGCGGGAUGAACAAGAAAAACAUUGUCUUUUGUCUGUUCUAAAUUUCUUGCAAGCAGCUUCAUUGGAUGAUCUAUAGUUGUAAUGUUUGGUGGGAGGUAGAAAAACACCUUUUCCUCUUUUUCCGUGUUGUGCGUGAUUUUAUACACUUUCAUCCUGUCCCCCAAGUUAACUUUUUUUUUUAGCUUAUCAGUUUCAGACAUUCUAGCCUAUGAAGCCACCAGAUCAUUUUGGUUGCCAUCUCUUGUAUUUUUUUUUUCCAAUCUUGCAACCAGAACUAUGCACGGUAUGCCAGAUGUGGAAGUAUCAAAGAUUCAUAGAAAGGCAUAACAGUAUUGACAGAUUUAUUUUCAGUCCCUUUCCAAGUGAUCCCUAGCGUGGGGUGUUUUUUUUUUUUCCAAACUUCAUUUCCCACCAGGUUGAUCCUUCAUCCAGUUGAAAGAGAUCCUUCUGAAGCUCCCCACAAUCAUGUUUGGUUUUCACUGCCCAGAAUAAUUUGAUAACAAUAUAUUUCCAAACACUGAGAUUGAGAUUGGCAGUCUGACUGACUGAAUGAACUGCCACCAUGCUCACAACUUCCAUGUAUAGGUGGGCAGUGAGAGCCUCCAGCCUAUAGGUGGUCCUCAUGCUCCUUUUUGCGGCUGAUUGUUUUAAUAAAUUGUCUCCUUUGGGAUUAUUUUACAUGAAAAAAGGGAAGAAAUCUUAUAAAUACAAUAAACAAUGUUUUAUUGCAACAUGUUUUAUUGUAUGUACCACUGUUGGAAUAAAAGAGAUUUUUCUGCCCAAGUGGGAAUCUACCACCAGUAAGAAGAUAUUUCAAUGAAGAUUUCUUCAGUCUGAAGAAGCUGCUUGGAUAAGCAGUGAAACAUAUCAAACCAAAAGAAAAGAAGUCCAGUUGCCAUGACUCAACCUCCAGACAGCAAGAAAAUACUUUCUACAACCUGAAAUCUUAGGGUUCCAAUCAUUCAGUAAUAUGACAUUCAGCAUUUUUUAAAAUUUAGUAUACCAUCACCUAAAGAUGGCUUUGCUGAUGUAAAGAGUUCUUAAAAUACAUGUGUGCACACCCAUUGUCACUCUUACUUUUCUCUCUCAGUUCUGGAGACUGAAAUUUUCCAAAGGCAAGGAACAGAUUUACAACUCAAUCCAUUUGUAUUUUCAGAGUGGCGAUAAAAAUCGGCCACUACUCUUUGGAUUCUAGGACUCUAUGCUUGUUGGAAUUUACCAUGGCAACACCUACUGUUAAUUAACGUAUUUAGUCUUGAGAGGGACUUUGAAUUGAUUUGGACCCACCACCUGUUUUUUCUGACCUUCUGCCCAAUGAUGUGUCCUAGAGAAUGUGGAAGUUUGCUGAGUGUUUAGCGCUGUUUUGCCCUGUCCCAGUCAAGGUUUGGUUCUUCUAUGGAUAUUGGUUGUAAUAAAUAUGUUGGUCUUUAG